UGCGUGUGCUUGCUGACUGCCGGACGGUGCGAGCUGGUGAAGAAGAGGGAUGUUGUUGCUCUGAGUCCAGCUGAGAAACAGCCAGCCGUCAUCUCGAACCCUCCGCCGCGUGCGCACUGGACUUCCGCAGCCCUUUUUUUCUUUUUCAUUUCUUUUUUUUUUCGUUCUUCUUAUUUAUUCUCUCUCUCUUUCUCUUAUUUCCGUAAACUUUCCACCUCAUUAAUUAUUCAGUGGAUUUACUUUGCCGCGGUGGUUUAAGACUACACCUGUGCGCAGUGGCCCCAGUAAGCUCCGCUCCGCGCGCGCGCUCUGACUCAGCACCGCACCGCACCUGGACGCGUCUCCUGCCGCCUCGCCUUUCCUCUCCUGCCGCCGCAGCUGGAGCUGCAGCCCGGAGACCAUCAACCCGGAGACCAUCAGCCCGGAGCCCCGGAUCCGACAGCCCUACUGGAACUAUAAUUACCCACACAUCCACACAUUGCAGCGCGACGGCUCGUUCUGGAGGAAAAGUGCGCGGUGGGCAAAAGACAAAUCUUAGUUUGGAGAUUGAAAGGAGCAGGGCAUGUGGAUAUUGGCCAUCAUCUUUUUCCAGUGCAUUUUGAAUGUUCUCAGUGAAGACCUACAUUCCAGCUUGUAUUUUGUCAAUGCAUCUCUGCAAGAGGUAGUGUUCGCCAGCACCACGGGGACUCUGGUUCCCUGUCCUGCAGCAGCGGUGCCGCCUGCUACCCUGCGCUGGUAUCUGGCCACCGGCGAGGAGAGCUACAACGUCCCAGGGAUCCGCCAUGUCCACCCCAACGGCACUCUCCAGAUCUUCCACUUUCCUCCGUCCAGCUUUAGCAAAGUGAUCCACGACAACACUUACUAUUGCACAGCGGAAAAUCCUUCAGGGAAAAUUAGAAGCCAAGAUGUUCAUAUUAAGGCCGUCUUACGGGAGCCCUAUACGGUCCGUGUGGCGGACCAGACCGCGAUGAGAGGCAGCGUAGCGGUCUUCAAGUGCAUUAUUCCUUCCUCAGUGGAGAACUACAUCACUGUUGUGUCAUGGGAGAGAGACACCGUACCACUCGUCUCAGGGGCUCGAUUUCUCAUCACGUCCACGGGGGCCCUGUACAUCCUGGAUGUGCAGAAGGAGGACGAAUUGUUCAACUACCGCUGCAUGACGAGACAUCGCUACACAUCCGAGACACGACAGAGCAACAGCGCACGGCUCUUUGUACCAGCAGAUCCUUCAAACUCAGCUCCUGCAAUACUGGAUGGCUUUGAGAAGCGGGAGGUCAUGGCGUCCCACAGAGUGGAGCUCCCAUGCAAAGCCUCCGGACACCCAGCACCAAAAUACCGCUGGUUAAAAAACAACAGGCCACUGGAAUCAGACUCACGUUUCCGUCAGAGCGUAACAGGCCUGCUAAUCGAGAGAGCCCAGUCCAGUGACACCGGCAGCUACGUAUGCGAGGUCUGGAACAGCUAUGGAAAUGCAGAGGUCAUCGGUCGCCUCACGGUAAAAGAACCUCUUAAAGCUGUGGUCAGUCCGCGAAAGGUGAAAGGCAGUGUGGGUAGCCAAGUGUCUUUAUCCUGCAGCGUUACUGGCUCCGAUGAGUUCGAGCUCUCGUGGUACCGAAACGGAGACAAGAUCAACACCGGCGCCAACAUACGAAUGAACGGCAUCAAUAAGGAAAACCUCGUGAUGGACGGCAUGGCGAAGAGCGAUGGAGGAGUGUACCAAUGUUUUUCAAGGAAGGCCAAAAUGUCAGCUCAGGAUUUCGUUCAAGUCAUUUUAGAAGAUGGAACGCCGAAGAUCUUGUCCGCCUUCAGUGAGAAAGUUGUGGGCCCGAAUGACUUUGUCUCGUUGACGUGUCAUGUAAAGGGAACUCCGCAGCCGGCCAUCACCUGGACGCUGGACGAUGAGGUUGUGGCCAAAGACAGUCGUCAUCGUAUCGUUCACAGCAUAACUGCAGAGGGGAACGUGGUCAGCUACCUGAACAUCUCCCACAUCCAGGUCCGGGACAGCGGGGUCUAUCGAUGCACAUGCAAUAACUCGGCGGGGACGGUCUCCUACCAGGCUCGAAUAAACGUAAGAGGUUCCGCCGACAUACGACCAAUGAAAAACCUCACAGCCAUAGCUGGGCGGGACAUGUACAUUCACUGCCACGUUAUUGGUUACCCAUAUUACUCCAUCAAAUGGUUCAAAAACUCCAACCUCCUCCCUUUCAAUGACCGUCAGCGAGCAUUUGAGAACAAUGGCACGCUGAAGCUGCUGAACGUCCAGAAGGAGCUGGAUGAGGGCGAGUACAGCUGCCAUGUGCUUGUGCAGCCUCAACUCUUCAAGAACCAGAGCGUCCAUGUCACGGUCAAAGUGCCUCCCUUCAUCCAGCCUUUUGAGUUUCCUCGUUACUCCAUCGGCCACCGCGUGUUUGUGCCAUGUGUUGUCCGAUCCGGUGACCUUCCCAUCUCCAUUACCUGGGAAAAAGACGGGAAGUCCAUCAACGCCAGCCUGGGAGUGACCAUCGACAACAUCGACUUCACCAGUUCCCUUCGCAUCUCCAACCUUCAGCGCGUCCACAACGGCACCUACACCUGCAUCGCCCAGAAUGACGCCGCCGUGGUCAAAUACCAGAGCCAGCUCAUCGUCAGAGUUCCACCAAGGUUUAAAGUGCAGCCUCAGGACCAGGAUGGAAUCUAUGGGAAAUCUGUGAUCUUGAACUGCUCUGCGGAUGGAGAGCCCAGGCCCACUAUUGAGUGGAAAUACUCCAAAGGUGCGGGGGUGCCCCAGUUUCAGCCCAUCGCUCUGAACUCUGGCUUCAGGGUGCAGCUGCUGGGGAACGGCUCGCUGCUGAUCAAGCACGUUCUGGAGGAGGACGCAGGUUAUUACCUGUGCAAGGUCAGCAAUGACGUGGGGGCCGAUGUCAGCAAGUCCAUGUACCUCAACGUGAAAAUUCCCGCCAUGAUCACAUCGUAUCCCAAUAACUCGCUGGCCACAAAGGGAGAGAAGAUCGAGAUGAGCUGCAAGGCCCACGGUGAGAAGCCCAUCAUGGUGAGGUGGGAGAAGGAGGUGGAGAAGGAGAAGCAGUCGCACAUGAUCAACCCGGACAUGUGGAGGCACACGGUGACCGUCAAGAACGUCGGCGAUGAGGUCGUCUCCACCCUGCAGAUCUACCCAACGAUGAGAGAGGAUUCAGGCUUCUUCUCCUGUCAUGCCAUUAACUCUUACGGUGAAGACAGAGGCAUCCUUCAGCUGACAGUUCAAGAGCCGCCAGAGCCUCCGAAAGUGGAGAUUCGAGAGGUGAAGGAGAGGACCAUCGCCCUCCGCUGGACCAUGGGUUUUGAUGGUAACAGUCCCAUCACCGGCUACGAUAUUGAGUGCAAAAACAAAACAGAAACAUGGGAAAGAGCUCGCAGGACCAGAGAUGUUUCCCCCACCCUGAACCAGGCCACCAUCAUUGAACUGCACCCGUCAUCCACCUACAACAUCCGCAUGUUCGCCAAGAACCACAUCGGGGACAGCGAACCCAGCAAUGAGCUCACCGUCACCACUGAUGAAGCCGAUCCUGAAGGACCUCCGCAAGACGUCACACUGGAAGCAAUCACCUCCCAGAGCAUUAAAGUCACAUGGAAGGCGCCGCUGAAACACCUCCAGAACGGCGUGAUCAGGGGGUAUCAGGUAUGCCAUCGAGAGCACUCCACCAACGGCAGCCAUCAGUUUGUCUGCAUCAGUGUGGAGGCCACAGGAGAAACCGAGUCUCUGAGCCUCAAUAACCUGAAGAAGUUCGCCGAGUACGAGGUGGUGGUGCAGGCCAGUAACAGCGCCGGUCCGGGACCUGCCUCCAGUGAGGUGCGGGCCACGACUAUGGAGGAUGUUCCCAGCAGAGCUCCAGAGAAGGUGGUGGCCACCGCUGCAUCCCCAGAGAGCAUCUCUCUGUCCUGGCAGACUCCGGCCCGAGAGGCUCUGAACGGCGUUCUACAGGGCUUCCGCAUCAUCUACUGGGCCAAUCUGCCAGAUGGAGAACUAGGAGAAAUCCGAAACGUUACAACUCAGAAGGCCCCGCUGGAGCUGGAAGGUCUAGAGAAAUACACCAACUACAGUAUCCAGGUGCUGGCCUUCACCAGAGCAGGAGACGGAGUCCGCAGUGACCAGAUCUACAUCCGCACCAAAGAGGACGUGCCAGGUCCGCCAGGCGGGGUGAAGGCAGCUGCAGCUUCCAGCUCUGUGGUUUACGUUUCUUGGCUUCCUCCGCUAAAGCUGAAUGGCGUCAUUAGGAAAUACACAGUCUUCUGUUCCAGCACGUCUCCCACGGUGGUCAGUGAGUUUGAAGUGGCCCCGGAUGAGUUCCUGCACCGCGUUCACAACCUCAGCCGUAAUAGGAAGUACAACAUCUGGGUGAUGGCGGUGACUGCGGCCGGACGCGGGAACAGCAGUGAUGUCAUCACCGUUGAACCCCUGGCUAAAGCUCCCGCCAAAAUCCUCACCUUCAGUGGUACGGUUACAACACCGUGGAUGAGGGACGUGGUUUUACCCUGCAGGGCAGUCGGAGAUCCUCCUCCUGCAAUUAAAUGGCUGAAAGAGAGCGGGAGUCCGGCCCCUGCGGUCAUCGACGGAAGACGCAGCAUCCACGGAAAUGGCAGCUUCGUCAUUAAGACUGUGAAAGCAGAGGAUUCUGGGUAUUACACAUGUGUUGCCAGCAAUAACUACGGGACGGACGAAAUCAUUCUGAAUCUCCAGGUUCAAGUCCCUCCUGACCAACCUCGUCUCACUGUGACCAAAACCACCACCACAUCCAUAACCGUGACCUGGACACCCGGAGACAACGGCGGGAGCUCCAUUAGAGGAUAUAUUCUGCAAUACUCAGAGGACAACAGUGAGAAGUGGGGAAGUAUUUCCAUCAGUCCCAGUGAACGUUCAUACCGGCUGGAAAACCUUAACUGCGGCACCUGGUACAAGUUCACACUCACAGCCCAGAACGCUGUUGGUCCGGGUCGGAUCAGUGAGAUAAUCGAAGCUAAGACUCAUGGGAAAGAGCCGCAGUUCUCCAAAGAGCAGGAGUUGUUUACAAGCAUUAACGGAACGUCCGUCAAGCUCAACCUGAUUGGCUGGAAUGAUGGUGGCUGUCCAAUCACGUCCUUCACCCUGGAGUACCGUCCGCUGGAAAGUCCGGUGUGGACCAAAGCCAAACGCACGUCUCUCACCAAGAGCUACAACCUGCUGGACCUGCAGGAGGCCACGUGGUACGAGCUGCAGAUGAAGGUGUACAACAGCGCCGGGCUCGCCGAGAAACGCGUCAAGUUUGCGACGCUCAGCUACGACGGCAGCACCAUUCCUCCGCUGGUGAAGACUCCGGUGAAGGACCCGGUGAAGAAAACCAGCAAUGAAGGGAUGAAGAUGAUGGUGACGAUCUCCUGCAUCUUGGUGGGGAUGGUGCUGCUCUUCGUCCUGCUGAUGGUGCUGAGAAGGAGGAGGAGAGAGCAGAGGCUGAAGCGGCUCAGGGAUGCAAAAAGUUUGGCUGAAAUGCUUAUGAGUAAGAACACCAGGCCGUCAGACACCAUGAACAAGCAGCAGCAGACGCUCCGCAUGCACAUCGAUAUUCCCCGAGCACAGCUGCUCAUCGAGGAGAGAGACACGAUGGAGACCGUGGAUGACAGAUCCACCGUUCUGUUGACCGACAAUGACUUCGGAGAAACUGCCAAGCAGAAAUCAGCCACCGUCACGCACUCCGUCCACUAUCAGUCUCUGUCUCAGGCCACCGGACCACUGGUGGACGUCUCGGAUGUCCGUCCUGGGACCAGUAAGAGCAGUCUGUCAAAUCCCACGUCUCGGCGUACUGCUAAAGCUGGUCCCGCGGCUCGUAACCGCUACGCUAGUCAGUGGACGCUGAACCGGCCUCAUCCACCCGUCUCUGUGCACACGCUCAGCACCGACUGGAGGCUCGGGACGCCCAGAGUUGCCGGAUCAGUGGACAAGGAGAGUGACAGCUAUAGUGUCAGUCCAUCACAGGACACAGACCGUGCUCGCAGCAGCAUGGUGUCCACUGAGAGCGCGUCUUCUACAUAUGAGGAGUUGGCCAGAGCCUACGAACACGCCAAGAUGGAGGAGCAGCUGCGACACGCCAAAUUCACCAUCACCGAGUGCUUCAUCUCAGACACGUCCUCUGAGCAGAUGACCGCCGGCACCAACGACUACACCGACAGUCUGACCUCCAGCACGCCGUCAGAAUCGGGCAUCUGCAGGUUCACUGCCUCACCUCCAAAACCACAGGACGUCUGCAGGGUCAUCAACAUGGCCGUUCCCAAAGCCCACAGACCAGGAGGAGAGCUCGUCCACCUUCCUCCAUACCUGCGGAUGGACUUCCUCUUAAACCGGGGAGUGUCGGGAACGUCUCGGGAAGCGGCGAUGGGCCAGGCUUGUCUGGAGCCACAGAAGACCCGCUCGCUGAAGCGUCCCGCACUGCUGGAGCCCACGCCGAUGGAGGUGCCGACCAGCAGAGACGUGCAGCAGUGGCAGUCAGGCACAGCGUCCACACUUCCACAGAGAGAGGCCGGGACAGACUUGGCACAAGCUGCCAAAAUCAGCACCUCCCAGGAAUCACUGCUGGACUCCAGAGGACACUUAAAACAGACCAACAAUCCCUACGCAAAGUCCUACACACUGGUAUAACAAACAAAAAAAAACAAAAAUCACAAGAGAACUCUUUCAUGCGCGGUUGUAUAUAUACGUUUCCACUUCUACUCCUGACAGUUUCUUUAUUUUAUGCUUUUUCUAAAACGGUGAACUCACUUCUUAAAGACGACUCCACACACUCACCUAGAGAUUGCCAAAACGAUUUUAUGAUUAUUAAUGACCAGGAUUUACUAAUCGACUUAUUUUAGCAGUUUAGCGUGCACAAGAUAACGACUGGGAAUCCGUUUGACUCGUUUUUUUACUGAGAUUUUGUUUGUUUGUGUGUAAUUAGUUUGAGAUAAAAGCGCGAUUGAGUGAUUUCCAUCGGCCAAUUUCCGUUUCCUGGGAGUGCAUGAGGACGAACCAAUCUAAGACGAAGAUGACAGUAUGAAUAUCGACCACUGGAGGGUCCAACCCAGAAAUUUUUUUCACUACGAAAAUAAUCAAGAUGAAGUGAAGAUUUCGUAUUCUUACGAGUAUAAAUAUAUAAAAAAAAAUCUAUAUAUAAAAUCGCUUUUAUUUGUGGGUAUUACAGGGACGUUUUUUUAAUUAUUAUUAUUAUUAUUAUUAUGAAUAAAGUCCUUUAGUCACGUUUGCACAUAUCUUGUUUAAACCUAGCAAAGCAAGUCUUGAUCGAUGAUUAUUUGUGUUCCAUUCUCCAAUGGUGCAAUAUGAAAAAUCCAUGAGCCACUUUUGCUUUCUGCUGUCCUGUCUCUUGCCCAUGCUUUUUCUGAGAGCCGGAGCGGAUGAAAACGACAGAUUCAGGUGUAAAACAGAUGCGGUGGAAGCAAAGGUUGAUUUAGCAUGCUGCAUGGGGGGAGAUCAGACCACCGACAGCGUGACUCUUUCACCCCCUAUGUGUAGUGCACUAGAAAGGUGUCUUCAGGGCACGCUCUCUCUCUCUCUUGUCUUCAUUAGAUUUAUUUUUGCUGCAUUGCAGAGAUGCUGCACUACAGGGAAAACUGAGACAAUCUAAAGAGAUCCCCUAAAAAAGAAUAACAAUUAUGAUGAUGAUGAUGAUGAUAUUAAUGAUAAAGAACCACGAGCAGUUCUAUAUGAUUAUGAGCCGUAUGGUAGCAAUGUGUUGUUGUUGCCGCUCUGCACCAAAACUAUCUUUGCAGGGAGAGUUAUGAUGAAGAAUUGUGAGAUAAUAUUUCGCUAUAUUUGAUUAGAUGAAUCUAUUGUCCUCGUUAUGCUCAUUUACAAAUGUUUUUCUGUUGUUUUUCACCCUUUAUUUUGUUCUUUAUUUCCUUUUUGACAGGGUGUUCACAGUCGUGACACUCCAGAAAAGAUUUUCCAUGAUAAUCCUGUCGACUAAUAAAAGGUU